CCACAAUGCAACUUUACAAAUGUCAGCGCCCAUUGAGACCAACGACAGUAGUCCACAGGCCUAGGAUGGACAACUUGGGAAUAAUUAUCGGAAUCUUAUCUUUUACGUUACCUGCAAUAUAUUUUCUUAAACAUAUGAGUAUGUUCAAAAGGACUACGAGAUCAGAUUUAACGGACACGUUUAAGAAGUGUGGAAGUCCAGGAUGUGUUAGAUGUAACUUGUAUGAUAAAGUUUUGACGAAUGCUAAAAAUCGUCUAGGAAAAAUAUACAAACACAGCACAUAUAAGGCAAGAUUUACAACGGAUAAAGGAGUCACUAGAAAAGAACAUAUCUGCAAAAUCUGUUCAGAAACCAGAAGUAUUCUAUCUUAAAGGCCUUUCAGUUAUGCAAUGGUGGACCUCAAACUUUCACUUUACAACUGACGUGGGAAAAUUGGAAGAUAAUUUCAGAACAAUUUGUCAAGAAUUUCAUAAUGUAAAUUCAAACUCCCGUGCUUUGUGGAAAGUCAAUAAAACACCCAAUGGUCAAUGGAAAGUCUUACACUUGGUUAAUCAGGGUAAAGUGGAGAGAAAUAUGGUUGAUCUGUGUCCAAAUACAUUCAAUAUUGUCUCCUCCCUCCCCUCUCUCAUGGAAGAAAAUGUGUUUGCAAAUGUUGCUUUCUCUGUUAUUGAACCGGGUACUGUUAUAACCGAACAUUAUGGUCCAACUAACAUCAGACUGAGGUGCCAUUUAGGUUUAGUAACUCCCAAGAGUUGUCAUCUGCGUGUUGCUGGGUCUUGCUGUCAGUGGAGGCAGGGGGCGUGCCUCCUAUUUGAUGACUCUCACCUCCACAGUGUUGUACACGAAGGAGAAGAUCCAAACCAGUGGAGAGCUGUUUUAAUUGUAGAUCUCUGGCAUCCCAAUGUGACUACAGCAGAGAGGUCCAUUAUUAACACAAUUUUCAAAUCAGAUCCAUAAAACAUCAAAGAAAAACUGUCAUUUUACAGUGUUUUUUGUUGGUCAACUAAUUGUUAGCCAUUUAUAUAUAUAGUCUCUAUACAAUUCACUUAAUAUGUAACUGGAUUUGACCUUGACCUCUUUCUGUUGAUCUUAAGGAAACAAACUUAUUUAUAAACACAUUAUUUUACAUGAAUCUUUGAUUAGUGUGAUCAUGUAGUUCAUGUUGGCUUUGCCUAAUUUUUCCAUAGGUUGCAGACCUACUUGAAAAUAUAACAUGGAUAGUAUCUGGUUUCUUGAUGGAAUUUUCAGAUCUGCUAUAUCAUGUAGGUUUUGGGUAUGAAAUGACUUUCAAUGUCCUACUGCAUACUGUUUCUGCUAGUU